CCGGUCAAGAUGGCGGCGGUAUUGCCGAGACGGAGCAGCCGCUCGGCUUAAUCGAUCACUUUCUCUGAAUCAUCGGGGCAGAUCGGAUAAAAAUCGACCAAAUCGUGCGACACAACUUUGUGAAAUCGCCUCCGAUCUGAUAUACAACGUGAGACCCCUAUCGCGUUAAACCGGGUGUUUUUUUUCACGGAAAAUGCUCUUACUCUAGUUUGUGUCUCGUCCAUUAACUGUAUUGGGGAGAAUGGGAGAAAAGCUGGAGUUAAAACUGAAGUCGCCGGUCGGAGCCGAAGCUGCAGGCUAUCCGUGGCCCUUACCUGUAUAUGAUAAACAUCAUGAUGCUGCACACGAAAUCAUCGAAACCAUUCGCUGGGUGUGUGAGGAGAUCCCAGAUCUUAAGCUGGCCAUGGAGAACUACGUUCUUAUCGACUAUGACACCAAGAGCUUCGAGAGCAUGCAGAGACUAUGUGAUAAGUACAACAGAGCCAUUGACAGCAUUCACCAACUGUGGAAAGGGACCACCCAGCCUAUGAAACUGAACAAGCGGCCUUCCAAUGGCCUGCUGCGUCACAUUCUGCAGCAGGUCUACAACCACUCUGUCACCGACCCAGAAAAACUCAACAACUACGAGCCAUUUUCUCCAGAGGUAUACGGAGAGACCUCCUUCGACCUGGUGGCCCAGAUCAUCGACGAGAUGGAGAUGAUGGAGGAAGACACCUUUGUGGAUCUGGGCAGUGGGGUCGGUCAGGUGGUCCUGCAGGUCGCUGCGGCCACCAAUUGUAAACACUACUAUGGCGUGGAGAAAGCAGACAUUCCAGCUACCUAUGCAGAGUCAAUGGACAAAGAGUUUAAGAGGUGGAUGAAGUGGUAUGGCAAAAAGCAUGGCGAGUACACGCUGGAAAGGGGAGAUUUCCUUUCAGAAGAAUGGAAGGAACGAAUAGCCAACACAAGUGUUAUUUUUGUGAAUAACUUUGCCUUUGGUCCUGAGGUGGACCACCAGUUGAAGGAGCGAUUCGCCAACAUGAAGGAAGGUGGAAAAAUUGUUUCCUCUAAACCAUUUGCACCUCUUAACUUCAGAAUAAACAGCCGAAACUUGAGUGAUAUUGGCACAAUAAUGCGAGUUGUGGAGCUGUCCCCUCUAAGGGGUUCGGUGUCCUGGACAGGGAAGCCAGUCUCAUACUAUCUGCAUACAAUAGACCGCACCAUACUUGAAAACUAUUUUUCUAGUCUCAAAAAUCCUAAACUCAGGGAGGAACAGGAGGUUGCCAGAAGGCGCCCACAGAAGGACAGUAAAGAGAACAAGAGCAACACCACCACCCCGACCAAGCCUAAAGAGCACAAGCAGGCGCAGCAUGAUUCGGGUGGUGAAGAGGAGCCAGUUGUCCCCGUGAAGCCGUCGCCCAAACCCCGCCGGGCCAAAAUUCUGACCAGGGGCCGCAAGCUUGGCAACAGGAAGCGCGGUCGGCCCAAGAAGGCAGCAGCUGCAACUGCAGCCGAGCGCAAAAACAAGAAGAGCCAGAGCGCCCUCGACCUGCUGCACGCCAAGACCCUCUCAGCGGCCCCUGCUCAGGAACCAUACCGGUCACCUCAGAGUCCAUUCUAUCAGCUACCUCCCAAAGUGCAGCAUUACACAUCCAGCCAGCUUCUCAUGGCUCCCACUCCACCCGGUCUGCAGACGCUACUUGAUAACAUCAAAGUCCAGUACAUGCACUUCAUGGCCUACAUGAAGACGCCACAGUACCGCACCAACCUGCAGCAAUCGCUUGAACAGGAGAAGCUGAGACACACAGAACUGUCAGGUCAAGCCCAGCAGCUGGUCAACGCUUGUCAUGCUCACAAGGAGAGGAUUCGAGACCUUUUCCAGUCCAAACUAGAAGAGCUGGGUGUGAAGGCGGUGACGGUGGAGGAUCUGGUUCAGGCUCAGAAGGAGAUCACGGCCCACAACAUGCAGCUGCGCGAACAGACCAAACAGCUGGAGCAUGACAUGGCCGAGCUUCGAGAUCAGAGCCAGCUGCUGCUGAAGGCUCGCUGUGAGGAGCUCAAGCUGGACACUCUGUGUUGGGACACUCUGAAGAAAGAGAUAGAAGCUCUGCGGAGACAGAUCUCUGAGAAACAGCGCCACUGUCUGGAGCUCCAGAUCAGUAUAGUUGAACUCGAGAAGAGCCAGCGACAGCAGGAGCUCCUUCAGCUUAAGUCAUCCUACAGCCCGUGUGAAGUGUCCCCCUACAGAAAAACCCUUCCUGGCCCUGAUCCCCGGCCCACACUGGACCCAGACACCCCAAAACUCACCCCGCAAUCCUCUAUGGGGCUUAACGGCCUCAGUCCUGAACUCUCCAUCAACGGCACUGCCUCUCCAGGUUAUGAAAGAGGCACCGGAAGCGCAAUGGGCAAAAACGAACUCCUCACCCACUACCUGCCCAUUUCUCCAGACCAUGAAAUUGUGCCCCCAACCCCGGACUCCAGAACCAGGCAGCUUGGACAACCCCUGCCCGACUACACCCGCUUUUCUCCAGCUAAGAUCGCCCUCCGAAGGCACCUCAACCAGGAUUCUGCCGCAAACCAGUUUCGGGCGCUCGGAAACAUCCAUCGGGGCGACACUGGUGCCAUUUCAUCUCCAACACUGGGCUUUAAACAGGCUUCACCAUGUUCAUCGGAAGUUCAAGCAGUCACCACAGCCAAGAGCACAGAUAGGGCCGAUAAAGAAAAGAGCCCAACUGCACCCGGCGACACAAUAACCAGUCUACCAAUCAGCAUCCCCCUCAGCACUGUGCAUCCCAGCAAACUUCCUGUCAGCAUCCCUCUGGCCAGUGUGGUGCUGCCAAACCGCGCUGAAAGACUGAGGAGCACUCCUAGUCCGGUUUUGAAUUCAGCAGGACAGAGCAAUGGCAAGCCACCUCUCACGCCUACCUCAGGGUACUCCUCCAGCUCAGGAUUGGUUAAUGGGUCUCACUCCACCAUGCUGACCGAGGACCAAGACUGUGACGCUGCCUCCCCUCCUCCUCACAGCACUCCUGUCAUGGGUCUCCAUCCCCGUGGCUCCGGCCUCAGUCCUCCACUGGGCACCGGAGGCGUUCUCCAGUACGCCGACGGUCCACCAAGGCUUCCCCCCGAGGACGGCCAUGAACGGCAGGGCCCCGAAUCCGACACAGAGCCCUUAGAUAGUGAGGCUCGUCGGCGCAUUUUUUUCUCUUCAUCCUCCUCUUCCUCUUCGUCCUCGUCCUCCACUGGAGGCUCGAGGCUGCACCACGGGUCUGUAAAGCAUGGUCACCAUCAUCACAGUAAGCACCAUCACCACCACCACCACCAUCAUCAUCACUCUGCAAGCUCCCACAGCCAAGAGGGCCGAAAACGAGGGCGACGAAAGCGCAGCUCAUCUGGAGCCGUACCCAUGAGUGGAUCCCCCAAAAGAAGGGUCUUUCCUGGACUGGGCUGCUCAAGUCAUUCCUCUGGAUCACCACUUAAUAUCAAUUCAAUGGUAAACAACAUAAACCAGCCUUUGGAGAUCUCCGCCAUCUCUUCCCCAGAGCAGUCAGGCCGAAGCCCGUGUGGACAGGAUCUGGAUCAGCCGCCUGUUUUAAAACGAGAGCGUCCUGUUGAGCUCAACAGCACCGGCCGCUAUUCCUCCGCCCCAAGUUCAGAUGAAGAAGGCAAUGGUUACGCCCCGGACACCUCUAGUUCAAGCCGAAUUGAACGGAAAAUCGCUACUAUUUCCUUAGACCGAGAUGGACCAGUUAGAGACUUAGAAAGAGGUUCCCAGGGACGUAAAUCAGGUGCCAGCAGCGUGAGCAGCGAGGUAUCCUCUUCUUCCGGAACCAGCAAGUGGAAAUCCACCUUCUCCCCCAUUUCUGACCCCAAGCCAACUCCUCCAGACAUCCGCCAAGGUGGCUCACCGUUCAGUGUCGGAGCUUCCCGAGGAGGCACAGACUCAGACUCGGACCACAAACCCCAGAGGAGAGGGGAGCGUGAGCGUGAGCCUUAUGGAAAUUCAAAUCUCUUCCUCAGUCAGGAUGGCAGCGGUCGCUCAGUGGUGAACACAUCGGAGCGUUCGCUGCAGAAACAGAAAGUGCGGGAGUGGGACCUGAAAUCUGUAAGUGGAUUGGCCAGUCAAAAUCUAUUUAUAUCCGCAGCAGCCAGUGGAGGCAUCCUGAGUGGGAAAGUUGGCGGGGCUGCCACUGUUUCAUCUGCCACCGCAGUGGGGCAGUAUUUCCCACUGGGCGGAGCUUCUGUUCUACAACCCUUAUUUGGAACUCAGGCAGCGGGACCAGCCACCAGCGGAGCCCCCCGAUUGGUCAACGGACAUUCGGCGCUCGGCAGUUUCUCCAGUGCCGGACUGGCAGGGGGCGCUGCAGGAGGUAACUGAAGAAAUCUACCUCAACCCAACAUAACCUAUGCAAUGGACAGGUGUGGACCAAUGGGCUCGACUCGCUCACCGGUGCUCAAACAUUUGCUAAAGCCGCCAUUGUAAAAACUGGCAUGGGUAUCUGAAUUCAUCACAGGUGCAGCUUAACACGCACACACACACGCACACUCAUUGCCCCUGAAUCACAUUCAGAUUCUCAGUUUGCAGCUUCCUUGUCUUUCAGAGUGUUUAAGGUUGCACCAUGUUGGGCUGAUGCAAACAGUUAUUCGUCAGUAAUUGUGAGUUUAGCAUGACGUUACUGAUGCGCGUGCUUUAAUAAAUUUGAGAUGGCAGGAAUAUCUUUCGUCAGUCCGCUUUCGUUAGGCUAUACGCAUAAAGAAUUUCUCUAAUCUUGCUGCUGUUUUCGGUGAGAAGAAAUGUGGCUUUUAUGAUUGAUAUUUUCUAUUUGAACCUCAUGAAGCCUUUUAAGACUGAGAUGGUUUAAGAUUUCAGUUGUAAAGGAAUCGUUUACCCAAUCGUAAUUGACUGUUUACUUGUCCUCAAUUGGUUCCAAAACCUUUGAGUUUAAUUUUCUGAUGAAGAUAAUUUGAAGUAAGUUUCUUCAGAUUACUUUUUUGUGUGUGUGUUUAACAGAAGAAAGAAACUCAGACAGGUUUGUGGCAAAUGAAGGCUGAGUAAAUAAUUACAGAAUUUUCAGUUUUGGGUGAUCCCUUUAACCCAGUGGUGUCACACUCAGAUCCUGGAGAGCCGCAGCCCUGCACUGUUUAGUUCCAACCCUGCUUCAACACAUUUACCUGCAGGUUCCAAACAAGCCUGAAGGACUCAAUGAGUUUGAUCAGGUGUGUUUAAUUACUGUUGGAACUGCACUAAACUGCACAGCUCUGGCCUUCCAGGAACUGAGUUCAACCCUUUAAAUCUGAGCUUGUGCUGUAACGUGUUCAAUAUUUUGAAUUGGGCAUUUAAACAUUUGAACUGUUUGUUUAGUGAAUUAAAAUAUGUAAAAGACCUCAAGCUCUAGCUAAAAGAGUAAAUCUCCAAGUGAUAUUCCACCCCAAAAAGAGCAAGAUAUUUGAAGAUAUGUCACCAAACUUUGAGAUCUCUUUGGAAUUGUGAGAUUUUUAAAGGAUAGUUUUCCUAAAAAAAUUAAAAAUGCGAACACUCAUGCCAUUCAAGAUGUUUUUCCUCCAUAGUUUUGAGAUUUUUAGAUUGAACUAUGGUGAUUCGUGAAAUGCAGGUUAAAAAAAGUCUCUGAAGGCCUGAGGAUGAUUAAAUUUUUAACAACAAAUUAAAAAAUUUUUGAGAAAUCUUUAAUUUUUAAAUACAUUUCUCAAAAAUCACAAAAGUGGUGAUGAUGAAAAUAUCCACUUUUUUGGAAAUAGUCAAAUUUUACAACUCCCCUGGAGUUAAACUGUUUGGGUUAACCAUUUUUAAAAUUUAUUUAUCCUAACUUUAUCCUUAGGUCACUGAAUCAGGUUAGACCACACGUGUCAAACUUCCUGAAGGAUCACAGCGCUGUACAGUUUAGUUCCAACCCCAAUUAAACACACCUGAUCAAACUAAUUAAGUCCUUCUGGCUUGAUUGAGGUCUAGAGGUAAGUGUGCUGAAGCAGGGUUGGAACUAAACUGUGCAGGGCUGCAGACCUCCAGGAACCCCUGUGUUACCUCUGUGUUACACCAUUAGCAAAAAAAAAAAAGUUAUGAUGAGUGAGAUGUUAAAGGUCUGAUCCGAUUCAAUGAUCUAUGCUAAGCUAAAAGUGCUGUAUUUAGAGUUGAAGUGGAGCUUUAUAAUGUAAAAUGUUUCCUUUUAGGAUUUUAAUUAUUUAUUUAUUUUAUUUUGGGGUGAAAUAUAUGACUACCAGCCAUGUUCUUUAUGGGCUUCAUGAGAUGUACUAACCCAAUCUGUCUGACGACCAGUUUUGGCAAACUCGGUCUCAAAAUUUACAAUUUUAGAAAGCAAAUAAUAAUCAUGAAAGCCCAGACCAAAUCUGAAUUUCUGAUCAAAUCAGCUGCAAAAGAAAUGAUUUAUCCUCAAACCGUAAAUAAUAAGAUUUAGUUUCCAUGAGAUUGCGUUGGCUACACCAAUAGAAAAGUAGUUUGUGUUUGUACACUGGAUCAUUUACCUGUGGAGCUGUUAAUGACAAAUACUUUGACAGUGCGACAUUUUAAAAAAUGUAAAAGUAACUUUUAUUAGUCAAAGGGAAAACGCUUCUGUACAUUCGAAUAGCCACAAUUCCCAGGAACACACAAGUAAAACAAAUCUGCAGGGAGAGAAGCAGUUGAGCGGAUGCCUGUAAGGAGCUGUUUAAUCAGGUUAGUCACUUUAACUUCUCGAAUCACUACUUUCAUUGUUUGGUUUGGUUUAGGGCUUUGUUUUAAUACCCAAGCUUCCGCGUUCCUAACAGUUACUGCUGAUCCUUUAAUACGGUGCACACUUAUAGUUCAGUCGAUGUCUUGCGCGGUACAGGCUUAUUCAGGGGAAUCUGGUGCUCGGCAAAUUUUCCUUUGAGAACUGGGUGCGUUUUCCUUUUGGAUUUUGAAAUCCAAUGUUAAUGUGGUGCUCUCCGCAAACCUGGAAAACCAGCACACGCUUGUAUGUACAUACACACACUGGGAAUGACAAAACAACAAGAACUACUGGGCAACUUCAACUCAUCCUAUUGUUUCUCUUUUAUUCCUUUGUAAUUUUUUUUUGUACUGUGAAUGGUAGUCUUUCUCAGACUGUGUAAUUGUGUAUAUAAUUUGGGUUAUUUAUCAUUUGAAUUUUCUGUUUUUUGCUCCUUGUUUUGUAUCGGAGCGGAGCACAACAACGUGCUAAAGUGUAUGUACUUGACUCGCAGUCUAAAAAGAAAAACAUGGUGCUACAAUCUGUACAACUUUAGACUGUGCUUAUUUAUAUUAAGAUCAUCAACAAGAGAUAAAAAAAAGGAGAUGAAUAAAGAUUUUUUUGGUGCUUCUUUUACACAGGGAUGUUUUCGAGCCUCGCGGCAUUUAUUUUUCCAAUAUUUAUAAUCCUAAUAUUUGGCGCCCAGCACAAAGCAGCCCGUGCUUGUUUGGAUCAGUGCCGUUUUUAUAUCGAAGAAACACCUUCUGGUCUUAAUCUAGCUCAAAGUACAUUGCAGAACUUUAUAGGAUGAUUUGUUUGUUCUGAAGUAUUCACGUUUUUGGUGCUCCAACCUGUAUGACAGGUGUGAAUGCUCUUAAUAUGUGGCAAAUUGGUGCCAUAUGUGCGUUUAAUUCAAUUUUCAUUUUUAUUUCUCGCAAAGAGAAAGUGUGCUAAACCUGUUUGCCUAUCAUCUUGGGCCCGUACGGCUCGGUGCUGUUUCAUUGUAAAAAAAAUUGGUUUGUUUUCUUUACAAAUGUAACACAACCUGCUUCAUCUUACACAAACUGGUGCUGCAGAUGAGGAAUAUACUAGUGCGCCCAUACCAAAACUUACAAUCCACUAUCAAAGCCUGUCUACAAGAGUGUGUUGUGUAACUUUAGAGUUUGAGCAUUUUAUGUAUUGUGGUGUUGUGAAUUGUACUGAUGUGACCAGUCGUAGAGAUGGCUAGCGUUUCGUCAGUUGACUAGUACUAGUGGUCAACCAAUAUGAGCUUUGACUGAAAAAUCAAUGGUGUAUCUAAUAAAUACACUGAGAUAA